AUGCCCCAUGCAUCCUGCAAGCACAUUUCAGCGCAGUGCCACAGAUUCCUAGCCGCUCCGACCAUGCUUGUGGACAUUGAGGCAUUGCGAGCUUCCCUGAAGAACAAGAAAUUCCAUGACAAGGAGCAGGCGCUGCUGAAGAUGAUCAAGCAAUUUGAAGAGAUCCAUAAUCAGCAGCAGAGUCUGCUGCAGACGGCCAAAGACGUUGCAGAGGUCUUUCGCCUUCAGGUGGGUCGCUUCGAAGUGGAGGCAACCGCAUUUGACACUAUCGCAUUUGUUUCCGAGCGCCUAGCACGACAGUGUGGAGGCGCCGGCGAGGAGAUGAUCCUCACGCAGGAUGGCGCGGCUUUGCAAAGGGAUGCCACGCUUGCCUCCCUAGGCAUCUCGGCAAGUUCCAAGCUGGGCUUCAAGACCAUGGGCUUUUACAUCGUUGUGAAGACUUUGACCGGCAAGGACGUGUACAUUGGUGGGCUCAACCCAGGAUUUACCAUUGACUUUGUGAAAGAGAUGGUGCAGGACAAGGAAGGCAUUCCGCCGGAUCAGCAGCGCUUGGUCUUCAGAGGACAUCAGCUGGAGGACGGCGCAAGCCUCGCAGACUACAACAUUCAGCGCGAUGCCACGUUGCACCUGAUCUUACGGCUGCGCGGGGGCAUGUACCAGGAGAUCUCCGGAAAGAACGGCUUUGAGGACCUGGAAAUGGAGAUCUCAGAAUCAGAUCGUGUAGAAGAGCUGCUCAUGCGCUUGCAGAAGCUACAGACGAGCAGUGAGGAAGUUCAGAAGGAGGUUGCCUUAUGGAUGUCAAAGAGCAUUUCGAGUUCGCAAGACUGA